AUAUUUCUCAAAGUGCACCCGUUCGGUACGCCAAUGCCUCACGGCCGCUGUCGGCGGACUGUGGAGGUGGUGCGGAUCCCGCUCCCUGGACUGGUGGUCUUAUCUUUGGAGGAGGACCCGAAGGUUUUGCGGCUGUAACGCGACAACCUGCAGCCGGCGGCGAAGAAGGCAGCGAAACGGCAGCGCAGACGCUCCCAGAUCGCCAAGAAUGUCAGUCACUCGUUUGUUGUCCGUUUUUUAUUGUUUGGUGUGAACGAGAAUUAAUAAUAGGCUUACAAUUCAUUAAUAAGAAUCAGACAAAGGCGAAUCGAAAAUAUUUGCCCAAACUGCACUGGCACAAUAAAAACUGCUACAUAAAAAGGGGAAAACAGGCCCCAGAAGCGAGAAAAACAAUCAGAAAGUUGAAUUCCGAAGGUUUACUGACCCCAUCACCACCCCAGCCCGCGAGACACGAAGGAGAUGGUUCGCCAGAUCUCCCCGUGGAAGGUUCUCACCCGACGCAAGCACCUCCAGGCCGAUGGCAACGAGGGGGAGACGAAGCUCAAUCGGGUGCUGGGUCUCUGGGACCUCACGGCCCUCGGCGUUGGCUCGACCCUGGGAGCUGGGGUCUAUGUCCUGGCCGGACAGAUAGCCAAGGAUCAGGCGGGUCCCUCGGUGAUGAUAUCGUUUGCCAUUGCGGCCCUGGCCUCCCUGCUGGCGGGUAUUUGUUAUGCAGAGUUUGGAGCUCGAGUUCCAAAAGCGGGAUCUGCUUAUGUGUAUAGUUAUGUCUGUAUCGGGGAAUUUGCUGCCUUUGUCAUUGGCUGGAAUCUCAUCCUGGAAUAUGUUAUCGGAACUGCCAGCGUUUGUAGGGGCAUCAGCCUGUACCUGGACUCCUUGCUGAAUGACACCCUGAAGACCACUUUCGCUGAGGUGGCCCCCAUGAAUGUUAGUUUUCUUGGCAGCUACUUUGAUUUUUUGGCCUUUGGUUUGGUGGUUGUAUUUGGAGUGGCCCUUGCUUUUGGAGUGGAAACCUCAACAAUGGCCAAUAAUUUUGUGACCUGUCUCAAUAUAUUUAUUCUGGGAUUUGUUAUCAUAGCUGGUGCUUUGAAAGCUGACCUUGCCAACUGGACCGUGGAUCCUGCUAGCUUCGCGGAAAACUCAACCUUCGCAAAUGUGACCAUCGGUGCGGGUGGCUAUUUCCCCUUUGGAUUUGAGGGAACUCUCCAAGGAGCAGCCACCUGCUUCUUUGGCUUUGUGGGCUUCGAUGCCAUCGCCACCACCGGGGAGGAGGUUCGAAAUCCGCGCAAGAACAUCCCGCAGUCCAUCCUGCUCUCCCUGCUGAUCAUAUUCCUGUGCUACUUUGGAGUGUCCACUGUACUGACCCUGAUGCUUCCGUACUACCUGCAAGAUGCCAACGCACCGCUUCCCUACGCCUUCGAAUAUGUGGGAUGGACGGUGCCCAUGUGGAUAGUUACGGUGGGUGGACUGGUGGGUCUGAUGGCCAGCCUUUUUGGAGCCCUCUUUCCCCUGCCAAGGGUUAUGUAUUCGAUGGCUCAGGACGGUCUUCUAUUCCGGUUUCUGGGCAAAGUGAGUCCACGGUUUCGAGUGCCAGUCACGGGGUCCAUUGUGGCUGCUCUCUUCACGGCCACCAUUGCAGGACUCUUCGAUUUGGCCCAAUUGGUUAGCCUUCUUUCUAUUGGCACCCUCUUGGCCUAUAGCGUGGUGGCCAUAUCGAUAAUGCUACUAAGAUACAUGGACUAUUGCGAGCCGGAGAACAAUCGGGGCCAGAAGGAGGGUCAAGCUACGGAGACAACCUCAUUGACCUCGCGGACGGAUAGAUUUACUUGCGGCUCUGUGUGUAAACAGCUUUUUAAUGUUCACGGAAUUCGGGAGCCAAACGCCAUUUCCUCUAGGAUUGUGGGAGUCUUGGCUACCUUGUUUUGUCUUUUAUCCUUGGGUCUGGGUGUUCUGAUAAUGCAAGAACAUCACUCCAUCGCCUCCGAGGAGCCCUGGGUCCUGGCUGUCCUUGUCAUAUUAAUUUUCCUAAUUUUUCUGGUAAUCCUGCUGAUUUGUCUUCAGCCCAGAGAGGUUAGAAGUCGACUCUUCCGAGUGCCCUUCGUGCCGGUCGUUCCAGCCAUCAGUAUUUUCAUAAAUAUCUACCUGAUGCUGCAGCUGGAUACAUGGACGUGGAUACGCUUCGGUAUAUGGAUGAUUGUUGGUAUACCCAUAUUCCUUGCAUGCUGGUAUCUGUACGAUUGUAAGAAUCCCCAAAAAAGAAACCCCGAGAGGGUGACCUACUACAAAGUCCUGAAGGGAAUGGAGGUUAUUUCGGAUAAAGACAACAAUUGUCUGUCCCAGGAGAGUGUUUUGACCUUGGCCACUCAACUAAAGAAGAGUCCGAGCAGCAGCGUGGACCAAAUACAAAAUCUGAGCGAUGUGGGUGAUGAUUUAAUCGAAGUAAAGCACGCCAAUGGAAAGGUGUUCUACGUGGAGGAUACCAGGAGCGAAAAUUCCACAGCCACCCUGGGCGACAAUGGGUCUCCGUCGCGGGAGGACGAACAGUCGGUGAUUGCCAUGUUGGACGAUGUCCUGGACGCGGUGGAAACCCAACAAAGUCAGCUGGAACUGGAGCAGCUGAAGCAACAGCAGAUGAUUUUCGGGAGGCACUUCAGCAUGGAUUCCGAGAUGUAUCCGAGUGUCAUUGAAACGGUGAUAGUGGCCACGGUUCACAGCAGCAGCGACGACGACGAAACCAAGAGCCUGGCCUCCCUGCAGCCAAACAAAUACGAGGAAUGCAAGCAAGUGGCCCAGAAAAUGCUCGAGGAAAUGUUUAAUAGUGAAGUGUUCUACGAGCAGCUCGAAAGGGUCUAUGAGGCUAAGAAUGCAAAGGCCCCAGAGCUUAUGGAACCUAUUAAAGAACCUGAGACCGCUCCCAUAAUUAAGCCUCCACUGCAGCGCCUGGAAUCCCAGACGUCAUUGAAAUCCCAGGUCUCGGAAAUUGAGGAUCCGCUGCAUUCGGCCAAGUUUAAAGACCGCUUAAGCCACAUCAUUAUGAAUGCCAAUGCCCACAAGGUGAAAACGCCUGUAAAGGAUGGGAACGGAAACAAGGUGGAGGAUGAGGAGGAGGAGCCCGAACUCCUGCCAGAGGCAAGGCCGCAGCUGAAGCAAUCGAAAAGCGAGACCGAUGUACGCCGCUUAAUGCUCAAGGCCAUCAGCGAACUGAAAAUCGGCCAUAAUGAGGCUGGCAAUGGUGAUGAGGUCGCCACAGGAAUAUCCGCCACAGAAGCCCCUCUGAAAUCUCCAUCUGUGCCAGUGGCAGAUGCACUUGCCAGUGCCAACAACAUACCGCGUCCACCGAAAUUCGAUCCGGUACUGUACAAGACCAUCAACAGCAUUAGUUUGCGCAAACAGCGACCCACUUUGAAUCAGCAGCAAAGUCAAAACCAUAUCGUGGAUACCAGGAACCCGGCCCUCCUGCCACCGGAAUCGAAUCCGGAAUCGGAAUUGGAGACAAGAACGGAACCGGAGUCGCUGGAGCCGUUGCCAUUCCGGGCGAAAUUGGAGGCCAUAUUGCAGCGUGGUCCCUCGCACCGAACCCAACAACAUCCGGACCUGGUGCGUCGCCAUCGUCCGCAGUCCACUUAUAUAGAAAUGGAAGCGGAAAGCGCUAGCUGAGGGUGCUCACCCCGCCUCCAUCAUUUUCCCUCAUUUGAAACCAAAGAGGUUGCCAUUCUCUCCCCCAGUUAAGAGUAGUUGGGCUUGCAUGCGCCCCGGAAUGCAAAUGUAGUUUGAAUUGUACAUAUCUAGCAUAGCAGUAGUUACUAGUUUCUAGUAGUUAGUAGUCAGUGUGGAAUCCAAGCAAUUCUAGAUUAUAAGCACCAGGUGGAUGGGGGGAGUUGGUUGAUUAGAAGUGUGCCAGAACAAGGUGGCUUCACAGGAAUUACAUUCAAUGGACUGCCCGAAAAAGGGAACCAGAUACUUGGCAAGUGUGUAGCUUCAAAACAUAAAUUUUGUUGGCUUGGAGUAUUUUUCACCACAUAUGUAUGUAUCUGAAAUUAUUACCUAUCAUCUGUAAAGCUUUAAUAGAAAUGCCAUAAAUUUGAGAGAGUUUAAUGGGCCAAACAUUAAUUCUCUUUUAAGCCAAACACUAUAUUUGCUUUACAAUUUCAUAGAAACUUUUCUUCGGCAACCUUAACAACAAUCCCCCUUAAUUAAUGUGCAUGCUUAGCUAACUAGUCGCAAAAGUAUUUAAUUAAAUGGCAUUAAACAUGUCAAAACCUAGUGCAUGCCUGA